AUGGGUGUCUUGGGCUCUCUCUUCGGCGGUGUCUACCUUGCUACCCGCGGCGGCAGCGACAAGAAGCAGGCUACUCCUCCCAUCCAGGCCUCUUCCAAGGAUGAGGAGACCUUCAUCCAGGAUUUCUUGAAGAGCGUGAAUGGGGACGAGAAAAAGAAGGAUCACUAA